UGUUUUCCACAACUCAAACCCCUCAGAAAAGUAAACACUAAAUCCUAGAAAACACAAAACCAACAAAAUGAAUAAACUUUCAGUGGUCUCUUUUCUCAUCACCCUCAUGUUAGCUGCAGUUGUCUGCAUCCAAGCAGGAGAACUAGUGAAGGAAGCUGACGGAAAUUAUCUUCAAACCAAUCAACAAUACUUCAUCCAGCCGGUCAAUACCAACUUCUCCGGAGGUGGUCUUGUCCCAGCCCCCCCUACACUGUCAAUAUUUGCCCUCUGUCCACUUGGCAUCGUCCAAUCACCCAUUGAUUACAUACCAGGCGUACCCGUUAGCUUCUCAAUUCGAAACGCAAUCAUGGAAACAACCAUUUCCACAGAUGAUUAUGUAAACGUUGAGUUUAAGUCGCCCAAAUUUUGGGCCUGCACUCAGUUUUCCAAGUUUUGGAAAGUCAAGGAAUCCUCAUCAGCUACCGAAGAGCCUCCCCUUCUCGUCGGUGGUACAAAGCAGGAACAAAAUAGCUGGUUUAAGUUUGAGAAUGCCGGAGAAGGAGCCGGAGCAAACACCUACAAGCUGACCAGCUUUGCCGGACCUAUUGGAACUAAACCAGGAGCUUUAGGGGCACCACAAGUAGUUCUCACCAAUGAUAAGGCUAAAACCUUACUUGUCAAAUUCAAAAAGUUUGAUAAACCUACUACUACAAGUUCUACUAGUCAAUUUGUCAAAAUCAUGUAAAAAUACAAAGCCUGAUACUCGUCGAUGGCCAAAAAUAAUGGGUUGAGAUAAUACCCGCAUGCAUGUUUUUACUUUCCAUAAAUUAAAUAAAAUUAUCCUUUCUAGCGCUU